CGGCAUUGGGCAUCAUUAAAUAAAAACGUUCGUUCAAUUAACAACUGCUGUGAACUGAGGCCCCAGUCGAAAGGAUAAUACUACCUUUGGAUUACACUUCUGAGCUUCAAACAAGAUGAAGAACUUUGCACUCUGUCUGCUGGUCGCCGCCUUGAUGAGCUGCUCCCAGGCUGCCCCCCAGAAGGCGGACGAGCCCAUUGCCAUCAUCAGUCAGGAGUCGAACAUCGAGCCAGAUGGAUCCUACAAUUAUGCAUACGAGACGGCCAAUGGCAUCAAGGCUGAGGAGACCGGAACCCUGAAGAAGGCCACCUCCGCGGACACCAGUGACGUGAUCAUCGCCAGGGGAUCCGUGUCGUACACCUCGCCCGAGGGCAACCUGAUCACCCUGAACUACUCCGCCGACGACGAGAACGGUUUCCAGCCGCAGGGCGACCAUCUGCCCACUCCUCCUCCGAUUCCACCAGCGAUCCAGAAGGCCCUCGACUACCUGCUGAGCCUUCCCCCAGCGAAGCGUCGUUAAGCAGAGAGGAUCACCCCUGAUUUUGACCAACGACUCUGACCAACCUCGAUUCGAUUCUGAUGUGUAGAUGCUGCGCUGUUGCUACAAGUUGAUUGCUGCAAAUAUCCUAUCCCGAUCCCGAUCCCGAUCCCUAGACAAUCACACAUAAGACACAAGCCAAGGGCUGGAGCCUCCUCCUCCUCCUCCUCUCUCCACGUAGGAGGUGGUCAAAGGUCGGCCAAAUCCACUGACUGAAGAACACACAAACUCAAACGGAUUUGAGGGACAACAUCACACCACACAUGACAACACGAUGAUACAGAUAACAAACCAGUCUAAUUUCUUGCUUUCUUCCGCCAAAACUCUAUGUAUUCUUCGCGAACUUCUUCAGAUCUUUUAGUCGCCGGAACUUUGCCAUUUUCGGACUCAUGUGAUAUCGUCGAUUUAUCAAUGAAAUCAACAAAGAAAAUGUAAAAAAAAUGAACAAACAAACAAGAAAUUACUUAAAUAAUAUAUACAGGAAUAUUUUCAAUACUUUGUGUAAAUAGUCUGUAAAUUAGAUACAUUUACACGUAGUCUAAGCAAAGAGGUCGACGGGGAUUUCUCAAUCUCAGUCGCCUCGAAACUUAUGUAAACACUUGUGAAGAACUAUGAAGAUAUUCUUUAGCAUUAGCUGCAAAUAAAGAAUUAAAGAUUCUUUCGAAAAGUAA